UUUGAGUGUGACCAUUGCCGCAAGAAGGCCGUUCAUGUAGACUUGCGGUAUAAGCUUCAAGCUUAUGUUUCUGAUGCAAAUGUAAGUAUGUGUGUAGUAUUGUGGGAUAUCGAAGCAAGCCAAAUUGUAGGGUUGAGUGCAACCACAGUCAGAGAAAGCUACAAUGAGGAUAAUUCUGAUGAUUCUUACCCAAAGGUACUGAAGACGGCCUUGGACAUGAAGUUGCUAUUAAGGAUUAAUGUGAAAAGUAGUAAUUUGAGUGGUAAUGAAAACGUCUAUAAUGUCAUAAAAGCUUGCCUUGAUGAGCACCUUAUCCAUAAAUACAACCAGUUUGUAAAUGAACAAUUUGUGGAGAGGUUGGAUAAUGUUACUAGCUUGGAUUGUACUACUGAUGUUGUUUAUCUUGGUGAUGAUGAAUCUGUCCAAGGUGGACAGGAAUCCGUCAAUGAGUCUAAGACAGUUACCAGCGGCAAGGGAAGAGCUAAAAGGAUUGAUGCAGGAAUUAUAGGAGUAGUUGCGAAGGACUUGGAGAGUAUACCCGUAGGGCAGUUGUCAAGUACUAAGAAGCCAAGGUUGAGUAUUAAGAAAUAAAAGAAUCUUUAGACUUUGUUCUAACUUAGAGAGCUAAAAGGAUUGAUACAGAAAUUAUAGGAGUAAUUGUGAAAGACUUGGAGAGUAUACCUAUAGGGCUAUUGUCAAGUACUAAGAAGCCAAGGUUGAGUAUUAAGAAAGAAAAGAAUCUUUAGACUUUGUUCUAACAGAUGGUACUUAGUUUAAUUAGUUGUUGUUUAAUUAGGAAUUAUGUUUAUGUCUCUAGAAAGUGUGCUUUUAGAAUUUCGUUUUCUAAUCUGUAUUGAUGCUAAUGACUUAAUAUUUCCUGCAUGGAGUAACCCACUUCAGUAUAAUUGUUGAUUAUAAA